GCCGGGGCCGGGCGGCCGCCGGGCGCGCAGGGGCUGCGCAACCACGGCAACACGUGCUUCAUGAACGCCGUGGUGCAGUGCCUGAGCAACACGGCGCCGCUCGCCGAGCUCCUGGCGCUCGGCCGCUACCGCGCCCGCGGCGCCCGCGCCGAGGUCACCCACCGCCUCGCCGCCCUCGUCCGCGCCCUCUGGACCCUCGACUACACGCCGCAGCUCUCCGCCGAGUUCAAGAGCAUCGUGUCGCAGCACAGCUCGCAGUUCCGGGGCAACGCGCAGCACGACGCCCUCGAGUUCCUGCUCUGGCUGCUCGGCCGCCUGCACGAGGACCUGGGCUCCUCCUCGCCCGCGCCCAAGCCCCGCCGCCAGGACGAGCCCGGCGCGGACGAGGGCGGCGCUGGCGUCGGCGUCGCCCCCCCGCCGGCCGCCCGGCCUCCCCGCGCGCAGAGCUUCGUGCAGAGCCACUUCCAGGCGCAGUACAGGUCCUCGCUGACGUGCCCGCACUGCCGCAGGCAGAGCAACACCUUCGACCCGUUCCUGUGCGUCUCGCUGCCGAUCCCCCUGCGCCAGACGAGGCCUUUGAACGUCACCUUGGUCUUCCAGCGCAAGAGCCAGCGGUUCCUGCGGGUGGGCCUGGCCGUGCCCCUCUUCGGCACGGUGGCCGAGCUGCGGGAGAUGGUGGCGCAGGAAGGCAAGAUCCCCCCGGAGCAGGUGAUCCUGGCGGAGGUGUCCGCCGCGGGCUUCCGGCGCUCCCUCCGCGACGAGGAGGACGUGGGCGCCGUCGGCGAGGCCGGCAGCCUCUACGCCUUCGAGCCCCCGCCGCCCGGCGGCCGCGGCAGCCCCUUCCGGUGCCCGCCGAGCCUGCCGUCCUCGCCGCCCGCGGCCGAGCCGGAGGGGCAGCGCCCGCCGCCGGCCGCCCUCUCCUCCGAGCGCCCGCUGCGCGGCGCCGCCGGCCGCGUCCUGCUGCUCCUCUGCAACAUGGUGGGCGCCGGCCGGCAGGCCGCCAGGUUCGGGCCCCCACUGGUGAUGCGAGAGGACCGAGGCAUCUCCUGGGAGCAGCUCCAGCAGUGCAUACUGGCCAAAAUGCGUUACCUGAUGAGGAGCGAGGUCCAGCCACAGAGCGCCGGAGCCCUGUUCCGCAUCCGCGUGGCUGGUGGCUCCGUGGCCUGCAGCUACCUCUCCCCGCAGGACGCCCGGCCCCUCUGCCACCCGGCCGUGGACAGGGCGCUGCAGCUCGGCGGCCCCGGCGGCCCUCCCCACGUGAAGCUGACGGUGGAGUGGGACACGAGCACCAAAGAGCGCCUCUUUGGCAGCAUCCAGGAGGAGGUGGUGCAGGAUGCGGAGAGCGUGAAGCUGCAGCAGCAGGCGCACCAGCAGCAGCACAGCUGCACGCUGGACGAGUGCUUCCAGCUCUACACCAAGGAGGAGCAGCUGGCCCCGGACGACGCGUGGCGCUGCCCCCACUGCAAAGUGCUCCAGCAGGGCACGGUGAAGCUGAGCCUCUGGACGUUGCCUGAUAUCCUCAUCAUCCACCUCAAGCGCUUCCGCCAGGUGGCUGAGCGCCGGCACAAGCUCACCACGCUGGUGCGGUUCCCGCUGCGGGGGCUCGACAUGGCCCCCCACGUGGCUCAGAGGGGCCAGGCACCUGGCAAGCAAGUGCUGGGCCACUGGGAGCCCUGGAGGGCCCCGCUGUACCUGCCCGAGAGCUGCCAGCUCGACUACCUCUACGACCUGUACGCCGUCUGCAACCACCACGGCAGCAUGCAGGGCGGGCACUAUACGGCCUAUUGCUGCAACUCCCUGGACGGGCAGUGGUACAGCUACGACGACAGCACGGUGGAGGGCGUGCAGGAGGACGAGGUGAGCACCCGCAGCGCCUACAUCCUCUUCUACCAGCGCCGGAACGCCAUCCCCGCCUGGUCGGCCAGCAGCUCUGUGAGAGGCUCCACCAGCUCGUCCCUGUCCGAUCACUGGGUGUCGCGGCUGGGCGGCGGCGGCCCACGGCCGAGCGCGGCGGCGCGGGGCUCGGCCGCCCUCCCCUCGCUGCCCGGCGCCCCCAACUCGCCCGCCUUCCUGGAGAGAGGAGGCUUCGAGGCCGGGGCCGAGCCGUGCCGUGCCACCGGUGUCACGCCACCGCGCCACUCCGUUGCCCCCCGGGAGCGGGCGCCCGGCCUCUCCGGCGAGCUGGUGGCCUACCUGGAGUCGGGGCGCCGGCCCCGCUUCACCCAGGCCUCCAUCGUGCCCCUCAUGGCGGGCGCCCCAGCGGCGGGGGGCAGCCCCCCGGCGCGGGCCGGGCUGCUGCCGGGCCGGGAGCGCCCCGCGGGCCGCACGCUGCCGGCAGGCGCUGGCCUCCGGCGCUCGGCCUCACUGGGUCCCAGCGGCGAGGGGCUGCUGCCCGCCCGGCGGCCCCCCGGCGGCCCCCGGCCCCGCUACCACAGCGCCUCGCUGGGCCGCAGGGGAGCCGUGCCCGAAUCCAGCUUCUGA